UGAAGAUACGAUGUAUCGAAUCCUUUGCUUCCUCUUCUUUCUCUCAUAUUCUCCAGUUAUUUGUUUCUCUUUCUCUAAUUCUACAAAGUUGUGUCCUCAUCACCAGAAUGUUGCCUUGCUUCGACUUAAGCAAUUAUUUUCCAUAGAUGUCUCCGCUUCUUCUUCGGAUGAUUGCAAUUUAGCUUCUUUUGCCAAGACAGACACUUGGAAGGAAGGCACUAAUUGUUGCUCAUGGGAUGGUGUCACAUGCAAUAGGGUUACAGGCCUUGUAAUCGGGCUCGACCUUAGUUGCAGUGGCCUCUAUGGUGUAAUUGCUCCAGAAAUCUCCCACCUAUCCAACUUGGUUUCACUUGAUCUUUCCAUCUAUAGUGGAUUAGGACUUGAAACAAGUAGCUUCAUUGCACUUGCUCAAAACCUAACGAAGUUGCAGAAACUUCAUCUACGAGGUAUAAAUGUCUCUUCCAUUUUGCCUAUCUCCCUACUGAAUUUAUCUUCUUUGAAAUCUAUGGAUCUCUCUUCUUGUCAACUAUAUGGGAGAUUCCCUGAUGAUGAUCUUCAACUGCCCAACCUUAAGGUUCUCAAGUUAAAGGGUAACCAUGAUCUCAGUGGGAAUUUCCCAAAGUUCAAUGAGAGUAAUUCCAUGCUGUUGUUGGAUCUUUCUUCUACAAAUUUCAGUGGGGAGCUUCCUAGUUCAAUAGGCAGUCUAAAGUCUUUAGAAAGUUUGGAUCUUUCUUCUACAAAAUUCAGUGGGGAGCUUCCUAGUUCAAUAGGUAGUCUAAAGUCUUUAGAAAGUUUGGAUCUCUCGCACUGCAAUUUCUCAGGGUCCAUUCCCUCGGUCUUAGGGAACCUCACACAAAUCACUCACUUGGACCUCUCAAGCAAUCAAUUUGAUGGUGAAAUUUCAAAUGUUUUCAAUAAGAUUAGAAAGCUAAUUGUAUUAGAUCUUUCCAGUAAUAGUUUCAGAGGUCAGUUCAUAGCAUCACUUGACAAUCUAACAGAACUUUCUUUCUUAGACCUUUCAAACAAUAACCUAGAAGGUAUCAUUCCUUCUCAUGUGAAGGAACUUUCAAGUCUAUCAGACGUCCAUUUGUCCAAUAACUUGUUGAAUGGGACAAUACCAUCUUGGUUGUUUAGUCUACCAUCAUUGAUAAGGUUAGAUCUCAGUCAUAACGAACUCAAUGGUCAUAUUGAUGAUUUCCAAUCCCCUUCAUUGGAGUCCAUUUAUUUGAGUAAUAAUGAGUUAGAUGGGCCAGUUCCAAGUUCCAUCUUUGAACUUGUAAAUCUUACAUAUCUCCAACUUUCUUCAAAUAACUUGGGUGGCAUUGUGGAGACAGACAUGUUCAUGAAUCUUGAAAAUCUUAUCUAUCUCGAUCUUUCAUAUAACAUUCUGACAUUGAGCAACUACGGCCAUUCCAACUGUGCGCUACCAUUCUUGGAAACAUUGUUGUUGUCUUCUUGCAACAUAAGUGAAUUCCCAAGAUUUUUAUGCAGUCAAGAGGUGUUGGAGUUUCUGGACCUUUCAAACAACAAGAUUUAUGGACAACUUCCGAAAUGGGCAUGGAAUAUGGGUACGGAGACACUGUCUUACUUCAAUCUUUCUCAAAACUUGCUAACCGGGUUUGAGAGAUUUCCAUGGAAGAAUAUGCUAUUUCUCGACCUUCAUUCCAACUUGCUUCAAGGACCACUUCCAUCAUUGAUUUGUGAAAUGAGUUAUAUUAGUGUUCUGGAUUUCUCUAAUAACAACUUGAGUGGCUUAAUUCCACAAUGUUUGGGAAACUUCAGUGAGUCACUCUCUGUUUUGGAUUUGCGAAUGAAUCAACUUCAUGGUAACAUUCCUGAAACGUUUUCGAAGGGCAAUUUUAUCAGGAAUCUUGGCUUCAAUGGAAAUCAAUUGGAAGGGCCUCUACCACGAUCUUUGAUCAAUUGUAGAAGGUUGCAAGUUUUAGACCUUGGAAAUAAUAGAAUAAAUGAUACAUUCCCUUAUUGGUUGGAAACUCUUCCAGAGCUACAAGUUUUGAUCUUGCGUUCUAAUAGGUUCCAUGGUCACAUAAGCGGUUCAAAUUUCCAAUCUCCAUUUCCCAAGUUACGAAUAAUGGAUCUUUCACGUAAUGAUUUCUCUGGUAGUUUACCGGAAAUGUAUUUGAAGAAUUUCAAGGCAAUGAUGAAUGUCACUGAGGAUAAAAUGAAACUGAAAUAUAUGGGGGAAUACUAUUAUCGAGAUUCGAUAAUGGGAACAAUCAAAGGAUUUGAUUUUGAAUUUGUAAUUUUGUCUACCUUCACAACAAUUGAUUUGUCCAACAAUAGAUUCCAAGGAGAGAUUCUAGAUUUCAUUGGAAGUCUUAGUUCACUUCGAGAACUCAACUUGUCUCAUAACAAUCUUACAGGGCAUAUUCCAUCAUCUUUGGGCAAUCUAAUGGUGCUUGAAUCAUUAGACCUCUCUUCGAACAAGCUCAGUGGGAGAAUUCCAAGGGAGUUGACAAGUCUGACAUUUCUUGAAGUCUUAAAUCUUUCGAAAAAUCAUCUCACUGGAGUCAUUCCUCGAGGCAACCAAUUUGAUACAUUUGCAAAUAAUUCAUAUAGUGGGAAUAUAGGAUUAUGUGGAUUUCCAUUGUCUAAGAAAUGUGUAGUUGAUGAAGCACCACAACCUCCCAAAGAAGAGGAGGUGGAAUCCGAUACUGGAUUUGAUUGGAAAGUCAUAUUGAUGGGGUAUGGUUGUGGACUAGUAGUUGGAUUGUUUAUGGGGUGCCUCGUCUUCUUAACAAGAAAACCUAAAUGGUUUGUAAGAAUGAUUGAAGGAGAUAGACAUAAGAAGGUUAGAAGGUCAACAAGGGGCAUUCGCAGGCAUGGAGCAAGAAGAAGUUAGGCCAUUUCUAUGAUAUUGUAUUUUGUGGUGAAUGAUACUAAUGAAUCUUGCAUUCUUAUGUAAACAAAUAACAUGUAUUGUGAUUAAUGAA